AUGCACAGCUACAACGCGCUAGGGAGCAACGACGCGUACGGCUCAGCGUACGGUACUGGCGAUUUCUACACGGACUCGACUGCGCAGUGGGCAUUUGACGACCGCCUUAAAUACAUCUUGAAUCAUAAUCAUAGCACACUCGGGACGCUAUGGAAGGAGCUGAGUGACUAG